UUCCAAUCAAUCGAUUGCCUGAGUUGACUCAAGGGCCGGCUCCAUAAAGGAUUCGCCAUUUUCAUUUGCCAUUCCUUUUUCUAAUUCUAUAGCCUAACCAAGAUCACGGAGUUCUUCAAUUUCUUUGUUUCGUUUCCCCUUUUCAUUGGACGCGCCAUCGAUUUUACAUUGGAUUGGAGUAUUUUGGUACUUAACCGGGAGGAUUCUUAUUUUUUAAAAUUGUUGAUUGAUGGAUUCGACGUCGAAUCAAACCGAGUUUGAUUACUUGUUCAAAUUAUUGAUGAUUGGGGACUCGGGGGUUGGAAAAAGUAGUCUGCUCUUAAGUUUUACUUCCGACAGCUUCGAGGAUCUCUCUCCAACAAUCGGUGUGGAUUUUAAGGUAAAGUAUGUUACUGCUGGGGGUAAAAGGCUGAAGCUUGCAAUUUGGGAUACAGCUGGGCAGGAGAGAUUCAGAACAUUGACUAGUUCAUACUACAGAGGCGCUCAAGGGAUCAUCAUGGUUUAUGAUGUAACGCGGAGGGAGACCUUUACAAACCUCUCUGAGGUAUGGGCGAAGGAAAUAGACCUAUAUUCGACAAAUCAAGAUUGCAUCAAGAUGCUUGUGGGGAACAAAGUCGAUAAGGAAAGCUUUAGGACAGUAACAAAGAAAGAGGGAAUUGACAUGGCUAGGGAAUGUGGUUGUCUUUUUACAGAAUGCAGUGCCAAAACUCGAGUUAAUGUACAACAGUGCUUUGAAGAACUUGUUUUAAAGAUUCUUGAGACGCCCAGCCUUUUAUCUGAAGGCUCUAAAGGAGUGAGAAAGAACAUCUUCAAGGAAAAGCCUCCACAGCCUGAUGCAUCCGCGAGCAGUUGUUGCUGAAAUCGGUUCAUUGUCUCUAACUACAUUUGCUGAUUAUUUUCCAAAUUAUUGUAAAAUUAUAGUAGAAAGGCAUGGUGUUACAGCUUUUAUAGUAUCUCACAAAUUACGGUACAAAUUAAAUGUGUUCUUGUCUUCUGGGCUGGCUUUCUUGUACAGAGAAAAAUUGGAAAUGGAAACAUAAUAUUGUUUAUAGCUUAUUCAAUU